AUGGGCUUCAAAGACGCACUGGAAGAUGUUUCGCGCUAUCGCAAUGCGUACACCAUCGCCUUGGCUGCAUCUAUGGGCUCUAUCUUCUUCGGCUGGGACACUGGACUCAUGGGUGGCAUCUUAACCAUGAAAUCUUUCCAGCAUUACUUUGGAAUAGACAAGCUAUCCGCAUCUGCUAAAGCCAAUUUCAAUGGAAAUAUUGUGUCGGUUAUGCAGGCGGGAUGCAUCUUCGGUGUCCUAUUGACUAGUUGGGCGUCCAGUCGCUUUGGGCGGAAACGGUCUUUGAUUGCUUCGGGCCUCAUAUACAUCAUCGGAAGCGUGAUCCAGGCCGUCGCUGGCCUCGGAAGCAGCCAGGCUGUCGCUCUUAAUGUGUUGUAUUUUAGCCGUGUCUUUGCUGGCAUCGGGGUGGGCAUGGUGUCCGCUCUGGCUCCCUCAUACAUAUCAGAGUGCAUGCCAAGACAUAUUAGGGGGAGGUGUACCGGCCUUGUCCAGUUCUCUGACAAUAUCGGGAUGAUGUUGAGCUUCUGGGUGAACUACAGCGCUUCUAUCAACAUCCCAUCUAGCGACAUGCAAUGGCGUAUGCCUUUAAUAGUCCAGCUCGUCCCGGGCAUCCUCUUCGUACUCCUUAUGAUUCCACAGCCAGAGUCACCCCGUUGGUUGGUCGAGCAGGAGCGCUACGAUGAGGCCGCAAAGACUCUUGCAUAUAUUGUCCGAACGUCAGUCGACGACAAAUCUGUCCUUGUUACGCUGGACGAGAUCAAAGCGGACUUCGUUGGCAGGCAGCGAACAUCCUUGGUCACUCAGUUCCGCAUGAUGGGAGAGUCACGUCAAACGGCGCUUCGCUGCUUAAUCCCCUCCAUCCUCACCUUCUUCCAGCAAUGGACUGGUACAAAUGCUAUCAACUACUUCAGCCCGCAGAUCUUUGCCGCGCUCGGUAUUACCGGUACAUCAUCUGGCCUAUUUGCAACAGGGAUUUACGGUCUCGUUAAAGUCGUCGCAGUUGGUCUUACCCUUGCAUUUGCUGUGGAAAGCUGGGGUCGCAAGCUUUGCCUCUUCGUGGGCGGCAUAGGACAAGGUUUGACCAUGCUCUGGAUUGGCGGCUUCGGCGCCCUCCACCCGCAGAGUACUAUUGUACCUGCGAGCUACGUGUCAAUCAUCUCCGUCUACCUCUACGCAGUAUUUUACUGUAUCGGCUGGGGACCUCUGCCGUGGGUUGUAGCCAGCGAAGUUGCCCCCAAUCACGUCCGCGCAGCCGCACUUACCGUCGCGGUCAGCGUCAACUGGCUGUUCUCAUUCACGAUAUCCCGCCUGACGCCGGUGAUGCUCGAGAACAUCACGUACGGGACAUUCCUGCUCUUUGGCUUGUGCUGCAUGAUCAUGGCAGCGUGGGCGUAUUUCUUCCUGCCUGAGACGAAGGGGUAUGCGUUGGAGGAUAUCAAGUAUUUGUUUGAGAAGGAUGUGAUAGUGAGAUCUUUACAGGAUGCGCCUGGUGGGCGCUUGUUCCUGGGAGGCAAGCGAGCGACGCCUGUGGAGGAAAUGAGGGGAGGGGCAGAUCUGCCUGAUUCGAGUGACAGUUCGAGAAAGGGGGAUGAAGAGGAGUGUAUUGAAGUCUCCGAGUUCCAGAUUUGA